GGCGUGGCUUGCUGGUUGAUGGUUUUUCAGCACCGCGGACAGCUCUCGUCUCCUGCUCGUGGCUCUGGGCUGCAGGGAGGCCACACAUCUGGACAGGGGGCAGAUCUGGCCACACAUCUGGACAGUGCAUGAAGAAGAAGACCCGACUCACUUCGAUCCGUAGAUUCACCUCCAGCUCUCACCGUCAACGCAUCGAGCCGCGUCUCUUCCUUUCAUCCCCCCUUUUCCUCUCCUCCUCAGUGCCCGAAGACUCCCAGCGUUUUCUCGGCCCGACCGUGGACCGCAUUGCCUAUGCGUCUCCCAUGCUCUUCCUGUUUCAGGCAACGACGGCGCAGUGAAAGUACUUUUUUCGGAGGGGAGGGAGUGGAUUGACCUCCUCCCAAGUUUGUUUUUUCUCUUACUAUUUUCUCUUUCUCUCUCGUUUCUCAUCCGUACACUUCAGUCUGCUCGGUCCCUCGGUUGUGUUGCGGUGUGGGGUUUUCCUCGGAGCCCAGGUUUGGAUGUCAGGCUGCUCCAGGAUGCAGACGAAAGAUGAAGUUGAACGGUCUCAGUAGCCGUCAGUGCGUGCUCGGAGAUGAGAUAGGCGACCUGCAUCCGCAACAUUGGCUGUAAUCCCGGAGAUCAGAGUGGAUCAGACGCAUUCAUUUUUCAGAGAGCAAGAUGAGGUGCCUGUGUGACUUUUUGAAACGCACCUAAGAGAGAGAUAGAGGGUGGUCCUUCUACCCUGCUACUGCUGCGGGAGGCGACGUUUUCCUUUUUGCUUUAUUUACACAGCUGCCUAAUCCAGUUUGCAUCCGAGAGGAGACAGGGAACUCUGUGGGAAACAAAGGAAGAAGCAGAGUGGUCUUGAUUCCCCCUCCGAUCAACCCAAAACGUGACAUACAGGCAAUAUAAAAGAAAAUGAAGAAGUUUCGGAAGGUGCUGGACGGCUUGACCACCUCCUCUCCGGGGGGGACUAUCGGGUCCCCAUCGUGCGGCAGCGCGGCGGGGACUCCCACCUCGGCGCCGACACCUAAGGAGAUCGACGUGCAGGAGACGCUAGUGUCGGAAAACUUUCAGCUGUGCAAGACGGUGCGGCAUGGUUUCCCUUACCAGCCCACAGCCUUGGCCUUUGACCCCGUGCAGAAGAUCCUGGCCAUCGGCUCAAGAACAGGCGGCGUACGGAUACUGGGACGACCUGGGGUGGACUGCUACUGUCAGCACGAGAGCGGAGCAGCUGUUCUUCAACUGCAGUUCCUCAUCAAUGAGGGAGCGUUGGUCACAGCCUGUGCAGAUGACACGCUACACUUGUGGAAUCUGCGUCAGAGGCGGCCGGCGAUCCUGCAUUCACUCAAGUUCAACAGAGAGAGGGUCACGUUUUGCCACCUUCCCUUUCAGAGUAAAUGGCUGUACGUGGGGACGGAGCGCGGAAACACACACAUGGUCAACAUCGAGUCCUUCAUUUUGUCCGGAUACGUCAUCAUGUGGAACAAGGCCAUAGAACUAGCAACUAAAACUCAUCCAGGACCUGUGGUUCAUUUGAGCGACAGCCCAAAGGAUGAAGGCAAGCUGCUUAUAGGGUUUGAGAGCGGGACGGUCGUACAAUGGGACCUCCGGUGCAAGAAGGCUGACUUCAGAAUCUACUACGAUGAGGCCAUCCACUCCGUGAGCUGGCAUCAUGAAGGGAAGCAGUUCAUGUGCAGUCACUCAGACGGCAGCCUGACCAUGUGGAACCUCAGAAACACCACCAAGCCAUUCCAGGUCACCUACCCUCACGGUAAGAUACAGAGGGAUGGGAGGAAGGAGUCGUGCAAACCCAUCCUCAAAGUGGAAUACAAGACCUCAAGGAGCAGCGAGCCUUUUAUUGUCUUCUCCGGGGGACUUUCGUAUGACAAGGCAGGACGGCGACCGACGUUAACCAUCAUGCACGGCAAAGCCAUCACCGUGCUGGAGAUGGACUAUCCGAUUGUGGAGUUCAUGGUGCUCUGCGAGACUCCUUACAACAACGAGGUGCAGGAGCCUUCUGCAGUGGUGGUGCUUCUGGAGAAGGACCUGAUUGUUGUGGAUCUGACACAGAGCAACUUCCCAGUCUUUGAGAACCCUUACCCCAUGGACGUCCAUGAGUCUCCAGUUACCUGCACAGCUUAUUUUGCAGACUGUCCUCCCGACAUCAUCCCCAUCCUCUACUCUAUAGGAGCUAAACACAAGAAGACUGGCUACAGUCAGAAGGAGUGGCCCAUCAGUGGAGGAACGUGGACGUUGGGCUCCCAAACCUACCCAGAAGUCAUCAUCACAGGACAUGCUGAUGGAUCUAUUAAGUUUUGGGAUGCAUCUGCAAUCACGUUGCAGAUGUUGUACAAGUUUAAAACCUCCAAAGUGUUUGAGAAGCCAAAGCCUGGCGAGGGCCGGGCCGCCGAUCUGGUGGAGGAAGACCCUUUCGCGGUUCAGAUGGUCAGCUGGUGCCCUCAGAGUCGCAUCUUCUGUGUGGUUGGCAUCUCAGCUCACAUCAUCCUCUAUCGAUUCAGCAAAUACGAUGCCAACACUCAGAUAGUGUGUCUAGACAUACGCCUGCAGUGCGAGUCGGACGAUGUCAUCACUCCCUCUGAGAAUGAAAACAAUCCCUGCUUCCCAGAGCCCGGCUCCCACUCUCCCCAGGCCCCACACCCAGCUAGCCCCAGCAGUGGAACACCAGAGGGAGUCAAAGACAGCAUCCCCUGCCUCAAAGUGAAAGACCGGGUGGUUCGGGUCCCCCCUGGUUACCAGGCAGAGCUGGUCAUCCAGCUGCUGUGGGUAGAUGGAGAACCUCCACAACAGAUCAGCACCCUGGACAUCAACUCUGCCUAUGGCCUUUUGGCGUUCGGGAACUGCAACGGCCUUGCGAUAGUGGACUACUUGCAGAAAACCAUCCUGUUGUGUAUGUCGACACUGGAUCUGUACGGAGCCUCCGACCCCUACCAGCGCCUUACCCGCUCCCCCCGCAGGAACAGACAGUCCACCUCAGAGUUUAGCAUGCGUGGCCUGUCUAACUUUUAUUCCGAUUCAAAGAAAAGGAUCCGUACAUCCUAUCAGAGCCUUACUGAACUCUCUGACAACCAGCAAUCCAUUGACAUGGAGAGAAGCAAGUCACCCACUUCAGUUCAAUACCCAACCUCCCUUCACAAUGACCCACGCGUGCUGCCCGAGCCUGUGGCCAGUCUGAGAGCCAGCCACUGCAGUCCAGUCUUUUACUUGCUGGACAAUGUAAAGGGGCCCGGCAGAAAGUUAAGUCUGCCAACAGAUCUUAAGACUGAUCUUGAUCAUGUCAAUGGACAUUGCACUAGCCCCACCUCCCAGCCCUGCUCGGCGGGGAAGCCUCGCGUCCCAAUGGGUCCCGAGGGGCCACGGCUUACUCGCAGAGGCCCCGGCCGACCGCCCUUCCGCAAGGCCCAGUCUGCUGCUUGCAUGGAGAUCUCUUUGCCUGUGUCCCACACUGAAGGUUAUGCAUCGAGGAGGGCGAUGCUUCAGCAGUUACAUGGAGUCUCUAUGUACUCCCACGACGAGCACCACAGCUCCAGCGCCUACUGCUGGAAUGAGAAAGCUGCUGCAGAGAGUCGUGAAAACUCCUUCAGCCGCUCGCGCAGCUCCAGCGUGUCCAGCAUCGACCGGGACACCAAAGAGGCAAUCACCACGCUGCAGUUUGGAGAGUCCUACGGGCGCAAGAGUGAUGCCCUGCCUACCCCGUGUUUGUGGGUGGGCACCAGCUUAGGUGUGGUCGUGCUCAUCCCGAUGUCCAUUCCCACUGACCAGGAGGAGAGGAUGGAGGAGGCGGUCACCAUUGGCCCCUGUGGAACGGUCCUGAUGCUGAAGGGCUCAGUGCUGCGCUUUGGCUUCUUGGACUGCAUGGGGGCGGUCAUUCAGAGCCCUUACGAGGCUUGGCGGGACCCCAACGCCUCCGAGGACCCCGAUCGACCGCGGAGGCGCAAGCUGGUCAACUUUUCCCCGUCGUCGUCCCAGGACACCUGCGGGGACGGACAUCUGGCCGUGGUGUGCUCCGAGAAGCAGGCCAAAGUGAUCCUGAUGCCCUCGCAGUCUUGCCUCUUUGUCCACAACAUCACAGAGUCGUCGUUUGUGCUGCGCGCUGACGUGGUGUCCGCGUGUAACAGCGUGUGCCUCGCCUGCUUUUGUGCCAAUGGUCACGUCAUGACACUCAGUCUGCCCAGUCUAAGACCGCUGAUGGAUGUCAAUUACCUGCCUCUGACAGACAUGCGCAUCGCAAGAACCUUUUGCUUCACCAACGGGGGGCAGGCUCUCUAUCUCAGCUCCCCGACAGAGAUCCAGAGAAUUACAUACAGCCAGGAGAUGUGUGACAACCUGCAGGAAAUGCUCGGAGAGCUGUUUACACCAAUAGAAACACCAGAGGCUCAGAACAGAGGCUUUCUGAAGGGCUUCUUUGGAGGAAACGCCAACACCGUCGACAGAGAGGAGCUCUUCGGUGAGGCAUCAGCUGGGAAGGCGUCCCGCAGUCUGGCGCAGCACAUCCCUGGCCAGGGGGGGAUGGAGGGCAUGAAGGUGGCAGCGGGGGGAGUCGUGGGGGAUCUGGCUCGGGCCCGUAUCGCUCUGGAUGAAAGAGGCCAGAGACUGGGGGAGCUGGAGGAUCGAACCGCUCUCAUGAUGACCAGUGCAGAAAGCUUCUCCAAACACGCUCAUGAGCUGAUGCUUAAGUGCAAGGACAAGAAGUGGUACCAGUUGUAAUAGCAGCAGGACAGAGGGCGGAGGCUGCCCUGAGACUGCUGAGAGCUUUAUGCCGGGACAGGGACUUUCCCUCUGCAGAUGGGGGCAAUUAAAAGAGAGACUCAAGAGUGACUUUGUCUUUACGGCUUGUGGACUGGCUAUGUUUGCGGCACUGUCACCUUGUUGAAUGACCGGGACGGGCUAGUUCCUGAGUUCCUUGUCUAGACACGCUGUGAUGAGGAUAGAAAGACGGUGGCGACAUUUAAAGGACUGAAGAAACUGGAAGUGUGAAUAUCCGGCAAAGCGUGUGUGCGUGCGUGUGUGUGUGUGUGUGUGUGUGUGUGUGUGUGUGUGUGUGUGUGUGUGUGUGUGUGUGUGUGUGUGUGUGUGUGUGUGUGUGUGUGUGUGUCUGAGAGAGAGUGUGUAUGGUUGGAUUUUCUGGACCUCACUGUGUAGAUACUCAAAAGUUACGAAACCAACAACAAAUGCAUGAAACAAAAAUGGAUGACUAUUAAAAAUAUCCAACUGCCAUAUUAAAAAGCAGCAUGCUACUUUAACAGGAGAUACAAAAAAAAGUUUUAUUUAAUAAUAUAAGCCAACAACAGAAACUAUAAAAAACUUUAUAUUUUUUGAAAUACUGACAAAAAAAAGAUAUAUAUAUAAAAAGGGAAAUGUAUACCUGCAUUGCUAUUAAGCCAAAAGUUGUGUUCCUUUCCCUUUAAUUAUUUUUCUUCUUUGGUUCAUUUUAAUUUUAUGUUCUCAGUUUCAGCAAAUAUUACUUGACACAAUAUAAAUGCACAUACUUAGCUUUCUCUACACACACUUAGCAUAGCGCUACAACUUUGGUAUAACCAAUUACUCCGGGCUGCACAGUGCAAACACAAAUCAGUAGUAUUUACACUUAACUCCGCACAGUCCGAUCACACACAUUUAAUUUCACUUUACGGCUGCUGCUACAUAAUAAAAGCAUUCAAUGAUAAUGACGAAUAUCUCGCUCCCCAACUAUAAUUGUAUGAAAACAGCAGAGAGCAGAUUGACGUACGUGACGGCUGAAAGACAGUUAAACGUGUAUUCUGGACACAGUGUGUUUAUAUCUAUACGAACAUAUGUACUAUUCACGUGCCAUAAAAAAAACAAGAUGGGUGAAUCUACUUACUGUAAACAAACAAAGAGCUAAAGACUAGUGAGUAUUCAUCAUGUGUUUCCUGUUGAUCAGAGCAGAUGAGAGAAAGUUCUUGGCCAUAAGGGCAUUUAUCAGUCCUUUUUCUUUUGGAAAAAAAAAUUCUAAAUAUAUAUAUAUAUGAGGGUGUUUUUUUAUUAUUUCUUGGGUUGUCAAUCGUUCGCCAUUUGAGUCAUUAGCUGCCUUUGUCGGGUGUACAAGUUUAGUGAGCCAUUAGGUUGUGUGUGUGUGUGAGUGUGUGUGUAACAGUGAGCAAGAGCACCAACAAGUGUUCAAGCAGACUCUUUCUCUGCCAAAGCAAUCAAAAAUGAAUGACACCCUCCUGUCUAUCUCUCCCUUGGUCCUUAAAGUCGUGGCGUGUGCGUUUUCAGGCGUUGAACCGGAGUGGUCCUCGGGGAACCCAGAGAGGAGACCUGGAAUCACGUCGGUUUAAACACUCGUGAGUUUCAGGAGAAGUUAGAGUAUUAUUUUAUUUUUUUCCAGUGCUGUUCAGAUGUUGAGUCAGUGAAGAAACUAUGUACAUGUGUAAAACAUUUGCAACAAUUUCAACUGAGGGCAAACAUGUUUGAUUUUUAAUUUCCGUUCAAUAUUGUUCUUGAUGACUAUAUCCUCUUGUCACAGUCUUAUAUUUGAUGGUGAAAGGCCUCUCAACCGGAGGCUCUUGUAUGUGAAAAACAACAAAUGUUCCAUGAUACAUUGUUGUGUAUCAUAUUGUGAUUGUGUUGUACAUGUCAAUGGGUAGCCACACGACAUGUUAAAACAGCAUUAACUGAAGGGGAUAUUUUGUACUACAUGUAUUCGUCUGUAUUUUGAAUCGAUCUGAAAAGCUGAACGGGGAUUACUGAUAUCUUAUCUCUCACACUUCAGGCCUUUAUGCGCACAAGCAUUAACCCGUGUGACGCAUUGUGUCUUGAUCCUGUUGACGUCACUCCCACGUAAAAUACGCGCAGCGACACCUAUACUCAGAAGAAUAACAGACCUGGAUUGAAUCCGCUUCGUCAUUUCAGUCUACUUCCUGUCAGCUGAGGCGUCAUUAAAAGGCCUUCAAACCCAUUUGUUUUCGCCUGAAAUCCAGAAGCAGCGCCUCGGGGAUUUCAGUCAUUAUACAUGACUUGAUUGAAUGAGAUGUCUUAAACAUGACAACAGAAAUGAUACAUUUCUCUUCUAUCGCUGUACCGUCAAUGAGAUUUGUGUUCAGUGCAGUUCUGUCAAUGGCGGAGAAAACACAUGAAAACAAAAAUCACAAAAAACCAAAAGAAAAUUGAUUUAAAAAAAAAAAAUCGGACUUCUACUGACAGGGUGUUUUGUUAGUAUGUUUUUUGUUUUUUAUAUUAAUUGUACAGUUCAAUCUUGGGUGAAAGGUGAAACAAAAAAAAAGAAGAAGACACUCUUGAGAUAUUUUUCUCUGUAUAUGUUGUACCUGUUACUGCUGGUACUGUAUCUGGUAUUCUGGCUCUGUCUAAAUCACUGGGACUCUGUAGUUCUUCUUCACACUGUCGUAUCCUGAAAAAGGCAUUUCUCUGGUUUUCUCAAUGAUGGCAGCAAAGUUUGUCUUAUUUAAAUGGAUUCUACCACUUUUUGUUCUUAUUGAUAUUAUACUAGUGUAUUAGAAAAUUACUUGGCAAAAAAAAAAAAGAACUGAAAAUAUGUUGAUGCAAAAGCUGAAAUAAACAUUGAUUGAUGUACACA